AUGCACCCCGAGUUCUCCUCUCCGGACGCAGACGUCAUCCUCGCCGCCAAAGAUCAGACCGCGCUCUUCCGUGUGCACUCCUACACGCUCAAAACCACCUCGGGCUGGUUCCGCUCCCUCUUCUCGCUCCCACAGCGCCCCCUAUCCCCUUCCACCUCCACCUCGUCCGCGCUCACACUCGUACCGUCCAUGUCCACGUCCACAACGCACCCCGACACCAUCGCCCUCGACGAAGACGCACCCACACUCGAGGCCCUCCUGCGCAUGGUCUGCGGCCAGCCCAUCACACCCCCGCAGACACACGACGCGCUCGACGCGCUGCUCUUCGCCGCCGAAAAGUACGACAUGCCCGGCCCGCUCGCGCUGCUGCGCAUCCUGCUCGCCGUGCCCCCACUCAGCGCGGAGCCCCUCCGGAUCUACGCCGCCGCGAGCCGCUUCGGGUGGGACGCGGAGGCGCGCGCGGCGAGCGCGCAGACGCUCGCGAUGGACGUGCACGAUGCGGCGCACGGGCCGGUGCUGCGCAAGCUGUCGACGGACGCGGUGCUCGCGCUGUUUGCGCUGCAUCGGGACAGGCGGGAGGGGCUGAGGAGGAGGCUGGACGAGCCUCCGUUUGUAGGGGCGGGGAUGCAGACGUGUCCGAGGUGCAGGAGGCCGAUUGAUCAUUGUGCGUGGAGGGAACUCAAGUAUCGGGUUAUUUUGGAGAUGGAUAUCCGUCCGCUUGGGGAUACGGUCAAUGCUGGCCUGUUGGAGUGGACGGAGGCAAAGGCAUGUUGGGAGGCCAAGUGUCCUGGCACUGAGUGUGCUUGUGUGUUGUACGACAAGGGGGAGACGCUGAGACUGAUGAGAGAGUGCAUCGAGAGCUUACCGAAGACUGUAUCGUAG